ACGAGGGAAGAUCUCGCGAGGCCUGCUCUGUCUCGCGAUACCAGAGUGGAGCCCGCCGCUGCCUUGGCUACCAGGCUGCUGGGGAAGCUACGCCCGGAGUCGCGCUACGGAGGCCGGGUUGCCAGGUUACCGGAAAAUUUGAAGAAGCUUGUGGAGUAAUAUGAGUCAGACUAAUCUAGGAUCUGCAGGAAGUCCCUCAUGAUAGUCGUCUUAGGAAAAGAAGAAUUUAUAGACUCUUCAUCAUAUUCUCAUUUGCACGGCUGUUAAAUGCAAGCUACUGUGGUGAAACCAUGAAUAAAAAUUCAUCUGCUGCAGUACCAUCCGGUCUACUUGAAAAGGACCCUGCCUUGCAGAUGAUUACCGUUACCAAGGAAACAGGCCUCGGUCUGAAGAUCCUCGGAGGAAUUAACCGGAAUGAAGGUCCCUUUGUGUAUAUUCAGGAAAUCAUUCCUGGCGGAGACUGUUAUAAGGAUGGACGUUUGAAGCCAGGAGAUCAACUUGUCUCAGUAAACAAGGAAUCUAUGAUUGGUGUAUCAUUUGAAGAAGCAAAAAGCAUAAUUACCCGAGCCAAGUUGAGGUCAGAACCUGCUUGGGAGAUAGCAUUCAUAAGACAAAAAUCGGAUGGCAGUCACACAGAAAAUCCACCGUGUACACCCCUUUUACAGACCUCUGGAGAAUAUGGACCUCCAGCUUCAGCAUUUAAUCUUCUUUCUUCUCCCCCUGAAAUACCGAUUCCAAAGACCUCAUCUACCCCCAAAACUAUAGAUGCUAUUUUACCUUCUUUGAAGGGAAAUCAGUUAAGAACUGGAUACAAGAAAACAGAACAGACUUCAGUUGCUUCUUCGGACCACAGCCCUACAGAUAUGUCUAAUACAGAUGCUGCCCCUGUCUGGACCGAUAAUUAUGGACCACAAGGAAGGACGGUCUCCCUAAAUCCCUCCGUUCGCCUUAAGGCAGAGAAACUGGAAAUGGCUCUAAAUUAUCUUGGUAUUCAGCCCACAAAGGAGCAACACCAAGCCCUGAGACAGCAAGUGGCAGUAGACCCACAGGGGACAGUGUCUUUUGGAGAUUUUGUCCAGGUUGCCCGAAACUUGUUUUGCUUGCAGUUGGAUGAAGUAAAUGUUGGUGCGCGUGAAAUGUCCAGCAUAUUAGACUCGCAGUUUAUUGCCUGUGAUUCCUUAGAAGCAAAUGAUGUGGAAAGGCUUAAGCGUGAAAGAAAUGAUGCCUUAGAAGAAGUGAAUGCACUUAAGGAAAAAUUAUUUGAAUCAGAAAGACAAAGGAAACAAUUGACAGAAGAACUCCAAAAUGUGAAACAAGAAGCCAAAGCAGUCAUUGAAGAAACCAGAGCCCUGCGCAGUCGGAUUCACCUGGCCGAAGCCGCGCAGAGGCAGGCGCGCGGCAUGGAAACGGACUACGAAGAAGUGAUUCGGCUGCUGGAGGCCGAGAUCACGGAGCUGAAGGCUCAGCUUGCUGAUUAUUCUGACCAAAAUAAAGGAAAUGUUCAGGAGUUAAGAAAGAGAAUCACGGUGCUUGACUGCCAAUUGCGAAAAUCAGAAGUGGCUCGAAAAACUUUCGAGGCAUCCACUGAAAAGCUGCUUCAUUUUGUAGAGGCUAUUCAAGAAGUAUUUUCUGAUAAUUGUGCUCCUUUAUCAACUUUAAGUGAAAGAAGAGCCUUGUUGGCCUCUCAGACUUCCCUGACAUCGCUGGGAAGGAAUGGCCGGAGCAUCCCAGCAUCACUGGCCCUGGAGUCUAAGGAACUCGUUAAAUCCGUUCGUGCCAUACUUGAUAUGGACUGUCUACCUUAUGGGUGGGAGGAAGCUUACACAGCAGAUGGAAUCAAGUACUUCAUCAAUCACGUAACACAGACCACGUCCUGGAUCCACCCCGUGGCGAGUGCGCUGAGCCUGUCCUGCUCCGAGGAGAACGAGGAGGACUGCCCCCGGGAGCUCCCCGACCAGAAGAGCUGAUGGUUUUCUGCAGGAAGCUGAGCGCCGUGGUCCUCUCGCAUCUCUGUCCCCGUGGACGGCUCUCAGACGCAAUGUCCAAAAUAGGAACGAACACACUACGUAUUAAAGUUGUGAGAUGGAGGCUGGAUUUAGGCUACUUUUCUAAAACUUUUGCUAUAACUGUAUACAUUCACAAGGUCAAUUGCCACUACAGUAGUUCUGUAAGAAUAAUCUAGUCCUAUAUUUUGAAGUCAUAUAUAAUGGCACAUUUAUAUUUUGUAUACUUUUUUUAUGUAGAAGUAGAUCCUUAUAAUUUUAUAUACAGUUCUCUAUGGAGUAUCUGAUACAGUGAGUUCUAUAAUGAGGACUUAGUUUGGACAAUUAUGUGAACAUAGUGAAAGACUUGAUUUAUUUGGUAAUUCACUAACCUUUCACAUGUGUAUCUUAGGAGAGUGAUUUAAGCAAGCUUUGGGCUUUUUUUUUUUUUUUUAGAUCACCAACAACUAUCUCACAGGCCACUGAAUACAGCCUGCAUUUGUAUGGGGCUUUCUCAUUUACCUAAUGCUUUCCUGGCCCCGUGUUCUUUAAACCACCCAGCAUGCCCAGGAGGCAGAGCCAGUGGGUGAUUUCUGUUCUUGUUUGUCAGCUCUGGAAAUAGUGGUUCAGAGAAAUGAGGCACCCUGUCCUGGAACUGAGGCGCACACCUGAGUCUUCUGAUCCUCUGCCCAGCCCUUUGCCCUGCACCCCGCUGUCCCGGCAGCGGGAGGUCACAGCCCCGCAUGCAGGGCACCUGGGUCUGUUGAUGCAGCUGAGCUCCACGCUGUGCUCUCGGGUGGCCGCAGAGAUUCAGGAGGCACCUCUUCAGCUAAAUGUGGCCCCACAUAACCUUUCCUCCUUCCCCCUCCUCCACCCCCGGGCCCUCACCUGGUAGGAACAUUGUUUUUGAUGCUUCAUCAGGCUUCUUGUAGCAGCUCACAUUUUUCCAAAGUAAAGGGCCUGGCUCCUGCACAGGAUCUGCCCUGCUUAGGGUGCCCUUGCCCGCGGGCACAUUUGAGGGGCACUGAUGAGAAGAAGGGCAUCCAGAAUCUCCUCUGCUGUCAGAAGAGACAUCCUGGAACGCUUCCGCUCCGAGUUCAAGACUGACCUCAUUAUUGCUGGUGUCGCCCACCAGCUAAUUAUGCUUUACCUCUUAUUUUAUCUUACUGUAAGGAUGCUGGGCCAUUUCUGGCAGGAAUGAGCCAUUGAGGUGGAGUGCUGAAGAUUGUCUCUCAGUGGAGUGAUUGAACCCGGGGCUGGAAAAUGGGGGGAGGGAGUCAUUUUCAAUGUCCUGGGCAUUAGGUACCAACUGAAUACGAACGAGGUAUCUAUUCUUAUCCAAUGUUGUAUUUUUAGGCACUACACUUCGAAAGGGAGUAAGAAUCAUUCACUAAUCAGAAUACUUGUUCCCAAAGCACGCCUGGUAACAGAGAAGCUGCUGUGCAUCACUCUGGCCUGUGCUUCCCACUUCCUGGGUGCUGUUUGCUGGUGGGUAAAAAGCAAAAAGCUUCUCAGGUGGCCAGAAUUGAACAGCUUCUCUUACAUUUUUGAAUUUUAAAAAUAAUCUAUUUCUAUCAAAAAUCAAGUAGGAUGGAAUUGAAUGAAGUUAAAAAAAAAAAAAAAAA